AAGCGAGAUCAAGGUAAUCGUCAAGAGCCAUGCCUAGGAUCUUGAGAUGAUCUCGUCUCUGUUUUUUUACACACAACAUGUUGGACAAGUCAAAAUGGCCAAGCAGGCAAAUUAUACUAACUUGUGCAAACAUAUGGCCAUCUUCUUGAGCUAUCCACGUGGAAAAAAUUUGGGUGCGCACCGGGCGCACGGACGCUCCCGUGCGCACCCUGGCCCGAUGCCGUCCCCGUACAAUCGAACGGCGAAGGCUCCCUACGGCGCGCGGCUCCGUUUCCAGCUGGAGAUGCAGCUCGGCUCACUUCCUUUUCCUAGUCCUCAGCUCGCUUCCUCGGCUCCCGCAUCAAUUGAGCGAUCGUGGGACAGAAGUUCCUCGUGGACUCAUCUCAUACGGAAGGCGGCACCGGAGCCCUAGCUGCCGCGCAGGCCGCCGUAGUGCAGGCGCGCCCAGAAGCGGACGGCAGGAGGAGGAGGACGCAAGGCUGCGGCGCCGUCAGCAACGUACAGCAGCCAUCCAGGAAGGUCGACGUCGCCGCGGUCGGGGCGGAACGGUGUUGCCGCGAAGCCCUACCGGCCGGUGAUCGUGUGGCAGCACGGCAACUUCAUUUGCGAUCAACGUAGAACUUUGCUUGUGGGAUUGUCCACCUGUUCGUUGCGGCGAGGUAGGCCACGAAUCCCAGUUCGAUCGUAUGCAUCUUGAGCACACAUCUCCUUUGCAUUCAUGCUAGACUAGUAUAAUUAUCUGGAUGCAUUCAUGCUAGACUAGUAUAAUUUAGCAUAGGUAACUAGUAUAAUCUAAGCUGGUAUUUUUAUUGCAUAUAGGUGGAACUCCAUCUGUGAAUGAUUAAGUUGAAUGGGCCGCACCCCGAUCAUCAUUUGCUAAUUUCAUUUGCUUUAGCACUCCAUCUGUCAAUGAUUUAGUUGCUUUUGCUAUUAUGCAGGAGAUAUCAAGUAUACCUCUCACCGUCGCUUCCAUGGAUCAACGAGCAUCCUCCAUGGAUGGUGUUCGAGGCCCUAAAGACAUUGCAUCUUCUGCUUUCAUGGAGGAUCCACGUUCACUGCAAAUUGUUGUUGUUGGUGGCGAUGGUGGAGAAGAGGAACAACCAAUAAGACAGAUUGGGUCAAUGGACAAUGAAAUACCUAAUGAGACAACAGCAGGCGGCGACGGCCACGCCACCGAUGGGGCAGAAGGUGGCGUGCCCGCGACGUCCCUGGGCGAUCGCGAGCAAGCUAUUCUGUCAUCGUCGAUCCUCAGAUUAAAUGCUCCUUCUGCGAAUCAUGAUGUUGCUUGUGAUCGUGGAGAAGAGGAACAACAAAUACCACAUGUUGGAGCAGUGGAGAUUGAAGUACCAAAUGAGGAUGUGGUUGAUAAAUAUGCUGAGAUGGCACCUAAAGUUGGAAUGACUUUUGACUGUGAGAAAAAAGCUUAUGAGAUGUACAAUACCUAUGCUGGACUUGUUGGCUUCAGUGUUAGAAAGAGCAGGACGAAGCGCCGCAAAUCAGAUGAUAGUUUAUCUCAGAAAUAUUUUGUUUGCAGUGGCCAAGGACUUCGGAAAAAUGAGGCAUCACAAAAAGAUAUUACAAGGACCUGUUGUGAUGCUCGUGUCCAGUUUAGUAUCAGCAAGGAGAAUGUAUGGACUGUGCAAAAGAUCGUAGUAGAGCACAACCAUUAUCUUGCCAGUCCAAAUAAGAUACAUAAGUUGAGGUCCCAACGAGAGAUUAUAGAGGCAGAUAGAAAAUUAAUUGGGCAGGCACGGCGGUCUGGAAUGAAGCCAUCCCAAGUUUUCAAUUUUAUGAAGGAGCAUUAUGGAGGGGAAGACAAAGUACCAUUUACUAAGAUGGAUUGCUAUAAUGAGAUUGGUCGCGAGCGCAGACAGUACUUAGAAGGCAAUGAUGCACAAACAUUAUCUGAGAAAUAAACAAGCCCAGGACCCAACAUUUUUUUAUGCAGUUGAGGUGGACAAGGAUACUGGUCAUAUAGCAAAUUUCUUUUGGGCAGAUGGUCAGUCUAUCAUGGAUUACAAAUGCUUUGGUGAUGCUGUGUCCUUUGACACCACAUUUCAAACAAAUAAGUUUGAAAUGCCUUUUGCUCCGAUUCUUGGCACCAACCAUCACAAGCAAACAAUAAUUUUUGGGUGUGCACUCAUGUUCAACGAGACUAUUCCAUCAUUUGUUUGGCUAUUUGAGUCCUUUCUUCAAGCAAUGUCUGGAAAGCACCCAAGCACAAUUUUCACAGAUCAAGACGCGGCAAUGGCAGCAGCAAUUGCUCAUGUAUUCCCAAACACAGCCCAUCGCCUAUGUUUGUGGCAUAUUGGCCAAAAUGCUGUCAAACAUCUUGGUCCUAUAAUUAAAGCGGCAGAGGACAAGGCAAAGGACAAGACAGAGGACAAGGCAGAGGACGAGGCAGAGGACAAGUCAGGUAACAAGUUCAACAAGUUCUGGGCGGAUUUCAAAAGUUGUAUCUACGAAGACAGAGUAGAGAUUUACUUCACAGAGAAAUGGGAUGAAUUGUUGGCUAAAUACAACCUUGAGGAUAACACAUGGAUGUCAAACCUAUAUGCUUUGAGGGCAAAGUGGGCUGCGGUAUACCGUGACUCAUUUACAGCAGACAUGCACUCGACUCAGAGGAGCGAAGGUAUGAACAAUGUCUUCAAGAAAACAUUUCGUAGGAAACUUGGUCUUUCAGAACUCCUUGUAGAAUGUGAAAAUGUUAUAGUCACUCUAAGGUCAAAUGAGAAGGAUGCUGAUUUUCAGUCACGUCGAAAGAUCCCAGUUUGCUACAUUCCAAAUCUGCCAAUGUUGAAAACUGCAGCUGAAACAUAUACGAGGAGAAUGUAUUCAGAUUUUGAGGAAGAGUUUAAAAAACAAUUUACGUUGUCUUGUGAAUUGUUGGAAGGUAAUGGGACAAACUCCACAUUCUUUGUUAAGUAUAUGCAAUCUGAACGUGAAGCAACAGUAGUAUUGAACAAAGAAGAUUCGACUAUUACAUGCUCUUGCCGGAUGUUUGAAUGCAUAGGUUUAUUAUGCAAACAUGCUCUUAGAGUCUACAAUAUGAAUGGGGUAUAUAAUUUGCCAUCACAAUAUAUACUGCCUAGAUGGACAAAAUAUGCUAAAAGUGGAUUUUAUAUUGAAACAAAACAAGGAUCCGAGGAGGGAGAUUUGAAUGCACAGGCAACACUUAUAUCUCGACAGGCCACAUCUCUUGCAUUGAAGUGUUCGUCAUCAAAAGAACUACUUGAUAAAAUCCAGAAAGCCAUGCAUGACUUGAACUUGGAAGCGGAUACUUAUCUAAGUGAGAUGCAUGAUAAAUCCAAUGAGAUUUCCCCUACUCCAAAUGAAUGUGUCCGAGAUCCACUAAAUGGUGUAAUAUCAUUCAGAAUCCCUCCAGUCAUAAAAGGUCCAAAGGAGACACGUUUUAAAAAUGUUCUUGAGAAGAACCCAGGAAAGAAGAAGAAGAAGAAGGGUGCCCAGAAGAAAGGUGAUGAUCUGGAACAUGAUGAUAUUGAAGCAAGAGACGAACGUGCUGAGACAAACCAAAUAAUUGAUUGUAAUGUUGGGGCAUCUUCAACCAUGAAUGCUCCUUUCGUCCAAGGUGGAUAUACUAAUGUCGCAAUGUCCCCGUUCAAUUUAUUUGCCAAUCCUUCUGCAAUGGCUCCUCCAUACAUACCAGGAGGGUACACAAGUCUCUUAAUGGGAGUUGAUCAAGAUGCUACAACGCAAGCUGCUGUUAGGAAGUUACAUUUUGAUGAAUCUAUGUAGACAUAUUCUCAUGAAAUGAACCAUAUUGUUUUGUAAACUCAUACCCUAAGCACCUCAAUUAAAUCUUCAAAGUUGAUGAGUAGAGGUUACUAUUCACAAUAUGGAGCUUGUAAUCCUUUUCUGUGCAUUGUGGAGUUCUUUUGGUGAAAUCCCUGCAGAGUUCUUAUCAGUAUAUUUUGUACCACUGAAUGCUACAAGGACCCUUUUGAUUCAUAAAUUAUUUACUGAACAUGUGUGUGUAGUAAACUGAUAUAACCCGGUGGCAGCGAGCAGCAAGAAGAGUGCUCAAGUUUGAACAAAAAGAAGAACAAGUUACUGGGCAAUUGCACUUUACGUUUCCUGGAGCUCCUCGAUGCAAUAGGAUGUUAGGAACCUUAGUUUUACUAAUUGUAUGUAUCCAAUAAUUCAGGCUAGUAGUAUUCCAGCACGGAUAUAUUCAAAAUGAAACAGAAAUUUGUGGCCUAAAACAUAUGGUUUUAUUGCAAGAAUAAUUGUUCUCAACAUUCUG